GGGGGGCAGGGUGGCGGGGACUCGUUCCCAGAAUGAGAUGGGGUGUCACAGUAUCCCUUGUGGAUGUAUGUCGCCGGCACCUCGCAGAGGGAAACUGGAGCCGGAGGUACAGGAAGCUCAAAGGCACUCGACCGGAGUCAGAGGCGAGUUAACUGACAAGGUAAAUAUAAUUAAGAAGGCUAAUGGGUUUAAGCUUUAUUGCGCUUUAUGGUAACUGUGAUGCAGGCAAUGCAUACAAUUAUAGCUGACAUUUAUCAAAGAGAGAGACAGAGAGAGAGUGGAGAAAAAGAGAGAGAAAGGGUGAGAGAGAGCGUAUACUGUAACUGUGACUUGGUAUCAACAACAACACAGGAUCUCUUAAGAUGUUCAUCUUUUUUAUUUAUUCAUAGUGAAGUAGUAUUAUUAAAAACAUGAACAAAUAUUAAUAAUAUAUGGAUUUUACUUCCCCGAUGACAAGCGUUUGAGAGUCAGGGUUUGAGGUCGCCUCUUGUUUUCACACCUCAAUAUUUAUAUCUCUACAGAUCAAGGCCAACGCUCUCACAGUAGCACUUUCUAAUAAUAUCCACUUUCAAAAUGGUUUAAAACUAACCCUUGACCUGAAAUCAUAAUAAUUGUUUUUCUCUCAUGAUAUUGAUCUACAUUUAUAAUUACAUUGUAUAAUUUUUAAUUGAUGCAUGGCUGGGCAUCUGCUGUGUCGCCGUUGUUAUGUUUUUCUCGAGGAGGUCAAUCAAUUUAAUGAUAGUUCAUUGGAAUAAUAAAUGCCACACUAUUCUACUGCGUGCAAGAUAUGCCAAUGGAAAGAUGUUCAUCAGCAUGAUACAGGUCUUAUCCCUCCACCUGCUGAUCUGCUUCAACUCCUUUGCCAACAAUAACGAAAGCUGAUGAAAUCUAGCAUUUUAUAGACAGUAACAUCAUUUAUCCACCAAUUAUUCAGCAUAAUUGUUGAUUGUUUUUUAUGAAUUGUUAGUAAAAGUUGCUAUAACUUAUUUAAUAACCAUAAGUAUAACUAAAUUAUAAUUAAAUAUUUUCAUGCUUUCAUUAUCAUACAUGUGAUACACAAAACUUCAGGCACAGGUUUUGAGGAAAGAGCUAAUGCCAGAGGGUUGCGUCAACCUCCUGUAUAAGAUGCUAUGUUGUACUUCCUUUCGCAAAAUAAUUAAUUGUUGAUGUUGAAAUCCGGCUUCUAGUUGACGCUGUUAUUAUUGUAUUAAUAUGAUUAAUUGUAUUGUGGUGCUCUCUUGUCAUUGCAAACAAUAAGCAAGUAUUUCAAUAAUUUAGAUCAAGGUCUAGAUCGCCUUCAACGGUAACAUUGUACUUAAAACUAGCUAUUGAAUAAGUUCUAUGUAACUGUGUGUGUGUGUGUGUGUAUGUGUGUGUGCGUGUGCGUGUGCAUGUGGGUGGGUGUGGGUGCGUGUGGGUGUGCACAUCGGUGUGUGCAAAUGUGCAUAAGGGUGUGUGCGAAUGCGGGAGCACACAACAUGGUGAACUGCCUCUAGUAUGUCAACUGUGUUUGACAUACACCUGCACAUAUAGAGCACACAUCUAUUUAACAGAGAAUGGUGGACAAAUGCCUGUUCAUUUGACAUGUUUGUCAAUUGGUCUGUCUGCAAAGGCUUGGAUAGGCUUUGAACAGGCCUCCUGUGGAUGGGAGCUCCCUCUGCUUUACAGACGGUUGCACAGCCAAACCCAUCAGGCCGACAGACAGACACAAGCUUAGAAGAGAGAAAACUCUGCCUAAGUCUAUGUGUAUGUGUCUGUGUGUAUAUCUGUGCGGGUUUCUGUGUGUGUGUUUGUGUCAAGUUUCUUCUUCUCCUUCCUGAUAAUGGCUCAGCAAAUAAACAUGUUCAGCUGUAAUCACUCUGAUAAAUUACAUGUGCCCCUUCAGCUGAGUCUGUCACAGACACAUUUACAAAUAUGAAGCCAUCUCCGUUGCUGGGAAUGAUGUCCAUCGAAAGCAUGGCUGGACAUGAGCCAUUAUCGAGCUAUGCCAACAUGACAUCAUGGUCUCAUAUUUCAAUGGAACCUGUUUGGCCGUGAGACCUUAAGCCAAUGACAGGGAAUACAUACACAUUGCUGGAUGAAACAAACCUACACCCUGACGAACAUACCUGAUGAAUUAUUUUUAACAUGGAUGUGUGUGACAGUGUGGGCUCAUUGUUACGUUAGUUGUACGUAACUCUGCUUAAUGUAUGUUUAUCAUGCUGUCAAACCAAACUAGUAUGAUUGUAAUGGGUCAGUGUCUGUGAGCCGCCCCAUCUUAUCAGAAGCUGGUAAAGGGUCAACUUGUUUGCAGUGCAGAGUAAUCAACAGUGUUCCUUUGCACCCUUUUAUCUAUUUCUUGCUCUUCAGGAGACCACCACAUUGAUUAGGUGUGUCAUUUAAAUUCCUCCUUUAAAUUAGUCCACGACCUUUGAUCAUAUACUGCAGUAUGUAUUGUCUACCUAGAGACAUAUUAUUAAUUGGCAUCGAGAAACAGUAUAAUUUGCUCAAGUCAAGUCAAGUUUCCUGUAAUCGAAGAUUUUAAUUGUUUUGUAAGACUAAGGGGUUGUUUCAGAAACACCGUUGAAAAUAGGCAGUGUCGUAGCAGCAGUCCCACUUUAGAUAUUCGUAGAUCAGCCCGAAUGCAGACAGUAUCACACUGCCCUCGGCAGGGAGGCGCGCAAUGUGAACGGUACUGGUUAUUCUUGUUCUGUGCCAAGACUUUCUUUUGGCUGGCAACUCAAGAGACAAAGUUCAAGUCAAACCUUACAUAUAUAAUACACAGUGCCCUGUAACAGUCAUGUCCAACUGGAUCGAGUACAUUUUUGUCUCAAAGGAUACUAAAAAAAAGAUAAGGUUGCGAUGAAUUUCGGGUUAUAUCAGCGCUUCUUUGUAAAACUUCCAGUGAUAGACCCACCGAGAGAACGCUAGCUCGGGGAUAUGAUAACGGCAUGUCUGUGAUCAUUUAUUUUUGGUGGAAACGAUGACCGUUAAAUCAUUAUUUAUUAUCAACACAUUGACUUAACUUCUAAUUAGUUCCCGGAUGUUGCCAUUUGGCUUGCCUAGGAGCUAUAUUUAAGGGAGCGAGCACGAGCGGAUAACAACGAUUGGCGUUUGACUCGAACUCAGAGGAUGAUGUCACCUAGUUUCAGUUUAGAGCGAGUAGACGAGUUGUGGGCGGAGCCAAACAAACGCGAGGGGAGACGGUUUCAGGUGAGGCUGAAGACUCCCGACGGGCAGGAGUCAGUUGGAGCACAACCGGCAGCCGGGCAACACACGGCUCGGGGUUCGUGCCUAUCAAUUUAAUGAUUAUUAACAGAAUUCGCCCGAUUGAUGAAAGUGGGAAGUAUAAAAUCUCUUUGGAGAAAAUGCAUUGGGAACAAUUGCUUCGCCUGCGGAAUGGGAAGAUCGACCGGCUGGAUGCCGGCGGCCUGGCCCAGUCCCCGCUGGGCUUGUCGUGCGGGGCGGACGGAGCGCUUGCGGGGGCCGAGGACGCCACGCCGGACCCCCAGCGCACCAAGCAGGCCAUCGCCCAGCUGCAGCAGAAGAUCCUCAAGCUCACGGAGCAGAUCAAGAUCGAGCAGACGGCCCGGGACGACAACGUGGCCGAGUACCUCAAGCUGGCCAACAACGCCGACAAGCAGCAGAGCUCACGCAUCAAGCAGGUCUUUGAGAAGAAGAACCAAAAGUCUGCGCAGACCAUCCAGCAGCUGCAGAGGAAGCUGGAGCACUACCACCGCAAGCUGCGGGAGGUGGAGCACAACGGCAUCCCCCGGCAGCCCAAGGACGUCCUGCGGGACAUGCAGCAGGGCCUGAAGGACGUGGGGGCCAAGGUGACGGGCUUCAGCGGGGGCGUGGUGGACAGCGUGAAGGGGGGCCUGUCAACCAUCUCCCACGCCACGCACUCGGCCGCCGGCGCCGUGGUCUCCAAGCCGCGGGAGAUCGCCUCCCUGAUCCGCAACAAGUUCGGCAGCGCCGACAACAUCGCCUCCAUGGAGGAGCCCCCCACGGCGGCCGGGGAGGAGGGGGCCGCCGGGGCGGGGGGGCGCUCGCUGGGCAGCGUCGGCCACCACUACCAUUCCAGCCCCAAGUACGGCAGCGAGGAGGACUGCUCCAGCGCCACGUCGGGCUCCGCCGGGGCCAACAGUAUCACGGGGGCCCCCGGGGGCCCGCCCAGCUCCAAGGGGAUCACCCUGGAGAGGAGCCAGAGCUCCAACCUGGACCUGCUGCUGCAGGAGGUGCAGGACCUGAGGGUGGGCCAGACGCGGCUGGAGGAGAAGCUGGAGGGCCUGAAGAGCCACUACCAGAGGGACUACGCGGUGGUGAUGCAGGCCCUGCAGGAGGAGCGCUUCAGGUGUGAGCGUCUGGAGGAGCAGCUGAAUGACCUGACUGAACUUCAUCAGAAUGAGAUCCUGAACUUGAAACAGGAGCUGGCCAGCAUGGAGGAGAAAAUCGCCUACCAGUCCUACGAGAGAGCCAGAGACAUCCAGGAGGCUCUGGAGGCGUGCCAGACGCGGAUCUCCAAGAUGGAGCUGCAGCAGCAGCAGCAGCAGGUGGUGCAGCUGGAGGGCCUGGAGAACGCCACGGCGCGCACCCUGCUGGGCAAGCUCAUCAACGUGCUGCUGGCCCUCAUGGCCGUUCUGCUGGUGUUCGUGUCCACCGUGGCCAACUGCGUGGUGCCGCUGAUGAAGACGCGCACGCGCUCCCUCACCACGCUGCUGCUCAUCGUGCUGCUGGCCUUCCUCUGGAGGAACUGGGACGCGCUCUCGGGGUACACCCACCGGGCGCUGCAGCCCCCCAGAUGACGGGACGGCCCCCAACAGCCCCCGCGUCGCCGAGGCGACGCUGCGGUAAACUAACCCACCGGCGGGGAAAGGAGGGCGGAGCGCGACCCCCCUCGGUUGCAAUUUCGAUCCCCGAAGCGUAGGAGAAGAAUGUACCCUCCGCCCGUUUGAUUUAGGGGGGGGGGGGGGGGCCGUGUGGACCAGCACCGAACACGAGCUCCGAUCGGCUGAGCACACACACACACACACACGCACACGCACACGCGCGCGCGGGAGGGCCGGUCUGGACUGCAGAGAGAGAGACGAGGGGGGAAGGGGGGCUGCCCCCACCACAAGGGAGAGACUGUGUUUACAUUGUAGGUGACGAGCUAUUUGGUGUUCUUACUCCUCAAAGAACACGGUGUCAUUCUGUUUUUAGUUUUCAUCGAGCACAUUGUGAUUUAUUCUUAUUUUUUUCUAAUGUUAUUUUAUUUUCAGCGUUAUUUUAUUCAGUACCAUGUAGCAUUAUGGCCCUCUCGUGGCCCGGCGAGAGCCAGGGCGUAGUCAGGAAUCCGUGGGGUAAUUUCACGUCUGUGGUCCCUUUUGUAAAGGCAUGAAGUAAUGAUCCCUCGACUGGGUGCCUUCGACACAGAGUCCCCGCACGUCCGUGAUGGAUGCCUUUUCAAUUUCGGAUGAAGGAACAUUUGCAAGAUUUUCACAGAGAUUUUUCCUCCACCUUUUAUUCAAAUGAAUUUCCCUCAGCGAGAAGAACCUUUCCUCGUACAUGAAGGACGACCAAGACUUUUUCAGCGUUUCAUGACUAGAGACUCCUUGUGCUUCCUUACUCUUUAUACUAAAAAAAAACCGAUUGCACCGUUUAACAUUUCUUUCUUUCUUCCUUUCUUUUAAAUUAAUAGAGACUGAGUUGUUUGAAGAACGGGCAUGAAGUGUGAAACCCUCAUGAAUGAAAAGCGGAACCUGUUUUUACAGGAGAAGAAGCUUUGAUGGACCACUUUUUACCACACAACCGUCGGAUCCCAGAAACUGCUUAUUCAUUCAUAAGCAAAUCUGCCGUCUUGUGCAAAAUUUAAGCAUGCAAACCUGCAUGUUCUCAUUAGGAAGAGAUUAGAGCGAACGGUUCUUGAUGAUAAUAACAGUGAAGACGGGCCAGAGUAGGGGUGGACUACAUCGGAGGUAUCAUCGCCGGGACAAUUGCUUUGACCUCGCCGUAUGUAGCCACAAUGUGAGGGGAAAAAAACAUGAAAUAUUCUACUUUAUACACCACUGGUGCUCAUUCACUCCCAGUUCUAAUCGCAACGGAAUGGAUUGCUCCUCCAUAUCAUCUGUGAUCAUGUCUGUUGAGAUGUGCACUGCCCUGGAUGUGUGCGUGUUUGUACGUUUGUGCGAGCAUGUUUGCGCGUGCGUGUGUGUGUGUGUGUGACGUGUGUGUGCGUUUCUGUGUGUAGGAAAUUGCCCAAUCCUUCAAAUGCUCUCCCUGUGUAAAAAAUACUAAAACAAAAAGAAAAGUCUAAUCCAUCUCAUGUUUCCAGUCUGACGCCCGUCUCGGCGUGAGAGAAGGAGAGAGUAUUGGAGGUUGUCCUUGAUCGUUAAUCAAAUGACACGACGUUGAAGAAAUGUUUCACGCUUAAACUCUUGGGGAGAUAUUAGCGGUGGUUGAAAUGUCAUUACAAAAAUGGACUUGGCCAUCUGUGAAUAAGGCGCGCGUCAGUAAACCUCUCCUGUUUGUGUAUUUCACCCUUUGACUGGAGAGUCCCCAGGUUCAACCCCCGGCCUCAUCCUCCGCCCCCCCCCCGUCUGCUCAAGGGCAGGGCAGGGCAGGAUGGCUGCGCUCUUCUGAAGUUCACUUGCACACACUCGAUGAGUGGCUCAAUGGGAGAUAGCAGCAGAUGGUAAAAAAACUCGGGACUGGACUGUGCAGCCGCACUUUAGCACACGGCCAGAGAUAACCUUACCCAGGUUCGGGAAAGGGCGGGCGGGCGGCGCAGAAGUGUUUUCAAUUGAGACUUGGGAGGGGAAUAGCUGUUUGAGUCGGUAGUCCCGGUCGGGGGUGGGGGGGUACCCUCGGGUCCUGGUUCCCCCGUCGGCUCUGCCUCACUGAGCGACUCAUCACCGGCGACGUUAGGUGUUGCUCCACACAUGGACGGGUGGGGUUCGCUUGCACUGAAGUGAGACGUGCGGUGGCCUGUGUGUUUAUUGAGCUUCUCCAUUGUGUGGUGGUCGUGGUGAGGAGCAGAGGAGCAUUGACGACGUGGGCCUGACCUUGGACCCCCCCCUCCCCCCCCCCAGUUUGACCUUGCAGUGACUCCUGUGAUACAGCAGGUUUAGGGAUGUGUUCAACCAUUCCAGUGCCUUCUCAUGUCCUUUUCUAAGUAUGGAAUAAAUAAAGUGCAUUCCUGAAUAAA